AUGUCUGGCAACUUCUCGUCCAGGGCUCCCUGGAAGCGCUCGGCCUGUGACCGCUGCCGCGCGCAGAAAUUGCGAUGUCACCGUGACGAAGACCAAUCUCCUGACACCUGUCUUAGAUGCUUGAAGUCGCAAGUGAAGUGUUUUACCAGCAAGGCGCGGCCAACCGGUCGCCCUCCCUCACGCCAGCCUACCAGGGUCGAGCAGAACGAUAACAAUUCUCUCCACACCGCUACCUCCGAGAGCGGUGCUGACAUGAAUAUGGUGGACUACGACAUGUCCCUAGACACCUUUCUGGACAGCAUUGGGAUGCAGCAUACUGAUUUUGGUACGAGUGACGAGUUGCUUGAUAGCGCCUCUCCUCCUCAUUCCGCACCAUCAAUAGUGCCACCACCGGCACUAGGGGAUCCCGGCCCCUCUCAGCAUCCUUACCAAUAUAGUAUACCUAAGAUGGAUCCUACGACGCACGGUCGUGUAGAAGAUGCGGGCUGUCUACUUUCGAAAUUACACUAUGAACUCUCUGAACAGCUAUACUACAUUAGAUCGGUACCAUGGGACGUCAAAAGCGCCUUACUCCUGACUUUCUCCCACAAGAGCAAUACCGAAGAGACGGAAAUCUCUGAGCCGCACCCCCUUGUCCAAGUGUCGAAGGCAUCAACAGAGCUAGAAAAUUUGCUGACAGGUCUUCGACUACCGGCGUCUACGGACCAUACGAGCCCCACAUUUUCAUACUCGCCAUCCUUCUCACCACGCAUAAGCACGACCCAGCUCCUUACGGCCCUGUCUUGCUACAUACAGAUCGUGUCUAUCUACGACAUAAUAUUUUCCAAGGUCUUAGACUAUCUGACGAAAAAUGCAAGGGCUUCGACUCCAUUCCAAGCGCCUGCUCCCAAAAUGUACUUGGGAGGUCUGCCGAUACCUUUAUACCAGACUCUCCCCGGCAGUCUUCUUGUUCAUUUAACAGAGCACCAACUACAGCCCAUCGAACAGCUCAUGGGCCUACCUGAGCACUACAGAGUUUCUUCAAAAUCCAACGAGAGCAGCAAUGGCGGAGAUAUGGGGCUAUUUCGGGGCCAACAUAGCCAACCUCUGCUGGUUGCUGUAAUUCAACUAGGUGAAGACGGAGAUGGCAAUCAUGAUGGCAUAAGAUCUAUUCGGUCUUUGAAGGUGAAAAUGCGACAGAUCAAAGAUUUUUAG